AUGGGCAUCUUUACUAAUGCACAGCAAAAAUUUUCGAGUUCCAUAGAUCCUGUACUCCGAGCUCCUACAACUGUCAAACAGGGAUUUACAUUUCUUCCGAAUCCGCAAGAUGGAUCGCUCUACACAUUAAAAGAAGGCAUCCUUAAAAGACUGCCAUUGAAUAUACCGGCUCUGGUCCAUGCUUCACCACUAAAAAGCACUGAUGGAGUCUUGUAUGCUGGUAGUAAGAAGGAUAUAUGGCUGGAGAUUGAUCCCCUGACAGGAUCCAAGGUGGAAACCAUGUCAGCAUCCAGCGACAAGGUUUGCCCUGUAAAACACCACAAUGGCAUAUUUGUUGGGCGAACCGAAUACCGGAUAAGUAUGUUUGACACAAAAAAAAUAUCCGUGCAAAAACGUGGACACUGA